AUGCCUGUGCUUCUCACCGGUAACAUUGCGUAUGAACUAGCACUUUCGAAUGGUACUCAAGGAAUCUUUCGAGAGCUCAUACACGAUGAUAAGGAAGAUCCAAGUGAUUUAAAAAUAAAAAGCCAAGUAUUUUCCUCAAAUACAAUUUACAUGCGGAAACCAUUAUAUGCGCUCGUUGAAAUUAAUACAUCACAACUAGAGACAAGUCUCGAUGGGCUUCGUCCUAAACUAAUCCCUAUUGCACUCGUCAGAAACCAACUUACUGUUUCCGUCAAGCAACUCUUCGGUCAACUGUUCGAACGCAUGCAAGGUGGGGAAAAGGUCUCACAAGUGAUUCAAGUUACAUAUAAGGCACAUGGACUCACAAUGAACAAAAUCAUAGUCGAUCUUCAAGUUCCACUUACGACAUUGCAAGUGGCAUCAGUAUAUGUAUCACUCAGCAGAGUAAAAAGAGCAGAAGAUGUAGUUAUUCUUCGAUCUUUUGAUAUGAAGGUAUUACAAGUUCGACCGUCUCUUGCUCAAGAUACUGAACUGAAACGUCUAGAUGAACUUGAUAGAAAGACAAAACGAGAAUGCACUUCUUCCACUAUGUGA